AUGGAUUCCACAGGGACUGCCCAGUCCUAUUUCACGGCACAUCCACCUUUCUUACAGCCGGUAGAAAACCGCAUUCCUCUCUGGCCCUCAGACGGUUGGACCCACAUUACAGACCCGAAAGAACGAAGAAAGGUACAAAAUCGGUUUAAUCAGAGGGCACGGCGGCGGCGCCAACGAACCGUCAAUGCACACUCAUCCAGCCCGGAACAUCUAGCGGAGCCACAGACAGCAUAUACCGCUAACAAUCUCGAUGACUUGAAAUCCAUAAACGGCCUUCGGAUUCUUGGUCCAAAUUCUGGACCCUCGAUGUACACUAUACGCCGGGUAGAAAUGCUCAUCUAUGCCGAAUAUACCGCUAGAUCGCCCCGCACAGAGCUGCUUUUAGGUCUGACCCAAUUGAAUUUCCUGAGGGCGCUAAUCACCAAUAUGGAUGUUUUGCAUUUAUCGCCGGCCCAGAUGGAUGACGAAGCGCUGUCUCCGUUUAACCUUGUUGGCCCAAGGUACCCUGAAUAUCAAGACUCCUCGCUGCCUUCGGCCUUGCAGCCAACUGCCAUCCAAAGCACAAUCUCGCACCACCCCUGGCUUGACCUUCUGCCUAUUCCAAAAAUGCGAGACCACUUGAUAUUAGCAGGAAAUUCAUUUGAUGACGUUCAGCUUUGUCAUGAUCUGUGUGGGUAUCGCAACUCAGAAACGGGGCAGACUGGAAUGAUCGUCUGGAAAGAUCCGUGGGAUCCCGCAGGCUGGGAGGUAACGGAAACGUUUCUGAAAACAUGGGGCUGGGCAGUUCGAGGCAGCUGGGACUUGUUCCAGUCUACAAAUUACUGGCGAAUGAAGCGUGGGGAAAAGCCUUUAUUCCUUCUACCUCCACAGGCUGAAAGAUUAACUUAA